AUGGAGGCCCCGGAGGUGCCCGUGGGCGCGCUGCUUGACUUCGGGACUGAGCCAGCGGCGCCCUCGCCCCUGGAGGCGUUGCCUCCGUGCCACCAGAUGGACGACUUCGGGCCUGCCAAGAACCUCAUGACCAUGUGCUUCACCUACUACCACAUCGGCAAGCCGCAGCUGCUGCCCCCCGAGUCCAAGGAGAAACCCGCGGGGAGCAUCGACUCCUACCUCAAGUCCGCCAACAGCUGGCUGGCAGAGAAGAAGGACAUCGCCGAGCGGCUGCUGAAGAACACGUCGGCCAAGACAGAGAACGUCAAGGGCUUCUUCGGGGGGCUGGAGACCAAGCUGAAGGGACCCCUGGUCAGGAAACCAGAGGAGGAGGAGGGCAAGCCCAAGGAGAAGCCGCAGAAGACCGUGACCGUGUGCAGCCCGGAGGAAGAGAGGAAGGGGGAAAAGAUCUACCUGUACACGCACCUGAAGCAGCAGCCCAUCUGGCACACGCUGAGGUUCUGGAACGCGGCUUUCUUUGACGCUGUGCACUGUGAGAGGAGAAAACGGUCUCCCACCACCAGGUAGGGCAACGCCUGGGCUCGCUUCGCCUUGGGGGAGAAGACCAGGGAGUGGGAGAAGUGGUGCCACAUGACCCAGGAGGAGAGAAACGACAGCCUGCGCUUCAACGAGAACAUCACCUUCGGGCAGCUGGGCACGUUCACUCACAACAUGCUGGCGUUCGGACUGAACCAAAAGCUGUGCAGCGACUUCCUGAAGAAGCAGGCGGUGAUCGGCAAUCUGGACGAGGAGCAGUACAAGCUGCUGAGCGACCACAUCGAGCAGAUGACCGCUGAGUAGGCCACGGGAG